ACGUCUCGUAAGUAAAUUAUUUAUUUAUUAAAUACUUAACCUCUGAAAAAAAUACUCGCCCAUUUUUAAAAACAAACACCAUGGCUGAAAUAAGCUCGUAUAGAGAUCAGCACUUUAAAGGCUCUCGAAGUGAGCUCGACAAGUUAUUGCGCACGUCAACAACUAUGUACAUUGGAAACUUAGCUUUUUAUACGACUGAAGGCCAGAUAUACGAACUGUUCUCUAAAUGUGGUGAUAUUAAGCGUAUUGUCAUGGGCCUUGACAAAUUCAAGAAAACACCUUGUGGUUUUUGCUUCAUCGAGUACUAUACAAGGGAAGAUGCAGAAAAUUGUAUGCGUUAUGUUAACGGCACUCGUUUAGACGACCGAAUCAUUCGCACAGACUGGGAUGCUGGAUUUCUGGAAGGCAGACAAUAUGGUCGUGGAAAAACAGGUGGUCAAGUGCGGGACGAGUAUAGGACUGAUUAUGAUAUUGGCCGUGGUGGAUAUGGCAAAAACGCUCAACCCAAGGCAGACAUGAUAAUAUUUGGCAGAAAUAAAGACGCCCUUCCAAUGGAUUAAUGCACAAUUUAAGCCCACCAAAUUAUAUCUUUUUCAAAUAUUUAUAAUUUUUUUUUUUUUUUCUUAUCAUGUAAAUUUCCUACUGCUUGAUUUUGUAAAUAAAUA